AUGGCCUCCCCAAUGUCCCCCCAGGAAGGAAGCCAAAGCGAUGAGAUUCCCAUGGAAAAAAAUGCCGGUCUCGUCAUGGGCACAAACAACAGCAGCAUUGUCUCCAAAAGAAGCGUUGAGAAACUGUAUCUUCCUCAACCACACUUUUAUCGCUACUUUGUCAGAAAACCAACCCGCCGCUCUCCCACCAUCAACCGAGGAUACUGGCUUCGCAUGAGAGCCAUCGACUGGGUGAUCCGACAGUUUCUGGAGAAGCCCUCAGACUUGAAGAAGGUCGUUAUUAACUUGGGCUGUGGCUACGAUCCCCUUCCUUUCCAAUGGAUGGCCCACCAUGCAGACUUGUGCGCCAAUACCAAAUUCAUCGACGUCGAUUUCGAAGAACUCAUGAUCAGUAAGCGAGACAUCAUUCUGCAUACUCCUAAAAUGAGAGAGAUGAUCUCCACGACGUCGGACACCGAGGCGGUGAAGGGUGUGGUGCUAGACUCGGACGUGUACGUCGCAAUCGGGUGUGAUCUACGAAAUCCUCCAAGACUGGAGCGCCUUCUACGAUCGGUUGUCGAUAUCGACCAAUGUCUUGUCUUAUGUCUCGCCGAAGUCAGCAUUACCUACAUGGCCACUCAGGAUGCGGACGCCCUGAUCGCUUGGACCUCUACGCUAUCUCCAGAUGUAACAUUCUGCCUGUUGGAACAGCAGUCACCGGAUCGUCCGGACAAUCCAUUUACAGCGGCCAUGUUGAAGCACUUUGCGAAACUAGGAACUCCACUUCGGUCCGUUCUAACAUAUCCUGGUUGUCACACUCAGACAUUGCGCUUCCAGGACGCUGGAUUCCCUCAUGUUGAAAUACAGAAUUUAUGGGAGCUUUGGGCCGACCCCAGAUUUCUGUCCCCAUCUCAGAGAAUCUCUCUGGAUGAGGUUGAGGAAUUCGAUGAGUGGGAGGAAUUCGCUCUAUUCGCAUCUCAUUACUGCCUAGUAAUAGCACAAACAGGUCCCGAACCUCUCAUGCCAGAGCAACAGAGAUCCAGGAGGGCAUCAGUUGAUAGUUUUGCGUCAGACCUGUCAGCAAGGACCGUCUCACCCCACAGAGAUAAUACGCAAUGGUUCGCAUACAAAUAUUCCGCGAAUCCGGAGAAAGAAGGGCGGACCCAUCAUGGGUCGGCUUUUAUAGUCCCCGGUCAAGAUGCUAUAGCUCUGCACGGCGGAGUUGGCCUUCGUGGUCGAUUGUCCACCACUUCCGUUUACACAUCGACAGACUCGACACUCCCGUAUCCUUCAGUCCCACCGGAAGAAAUAGGUGCCAGGUGUUGCCAUACUAUCACGACACUCCACAAUGGCCAGAACCUUCUCGUUGGCGGCCGAGGUUCACCUUCGUCGCCCAUGAAGGAUUGCUGGCUUCAAACGGACUCGAAGUGGGAGAGAGUCCAUGACCUUCCGGAACCCCGUUUUCGCCAUAGAGCUGCGGCCGUGGUACUUCCCUACGAUCAAUAUGGUGUGGUAGUGUUCGGAGGGAAAACUUCGGCGACCCGAAUCGCCAUUGACUGUCUGCUAUGGGACAAAGAGAACGGCUGGCAAGUUCUCCGCAGUCUCAAAGCUGACCCUAUGCCACGGUUUGGGGCAUCCUUUGUCCGCCUAGGCUUUAAUCAUGGUCUCCUUCUCGGUGGAAUGCGCCAAGAUGGAGUCAUUUGCCAGGGACUAUGGAAAUGGAGACUGAUCAUACGGGACAACAAAGUUACGGGAAUCAGCUUCAGGGUUUCGACAGCCUUGGAUGCCUCUGCGGGCAUCUGGCCCUGGCUGAACCGCCUCGGAGCUUCGUAUAGCGUCAUCAGAGACGAGAUUUUGGUCAUCGGUGGAGUGGCAAAGCAUGGCUGCAUACCCAAAGACUACGAGAUUCUGUCCAUCGUGGGUAGUUUCUCUGCCUUCAACGAUUACGAGAAGGAGAUGGAGUUCAGGGUCGCUUGUGUGUUGCCCAAGAGAGAUCCAGAUGUCCCGCGUCCUUUCCUGAUCGGCCACUCAACGCACUACACUGCGAGACAGACUACUCUGAUUGUUGGUGGCGGCGCAACUUGUUUCAGCUUCGGUGCAUAUUGGAACCCUGGCUGUUGGCUUCUAUAUGAUAGAGAAGCGGGACUGAGCUCGCACUGGGCAAUGGUGAGAUCAGAAACGAGACAAUGUGACCCUCAGCCUACGCCACAAGAUGCGCUGGCGGCACGCGUCUCAACUCCCGUGAAGCAUGCCAGAAUUGGCUCUGAACAGGAUUUCACGCAGGUGCUGAAGGAGGGCAGACCAAGAAUCCUCUUAGGCCUGGACAUUGGUCAAUGCAUAUCUUGUUGGACAGCAUCAUAUCUCCUCGCGAAGGUUCCGCCUUUAAAAUCGAUCGUUGUCCACUCCGCUCCAGGCCGAACCAUGAACUUCCAACGCAAAGACUUCGCCUACAAGACCACGACAUUCCACGAGUUCAUCCACGAGCUGGAGUCAAACCCGAAUGCGCACAUGUACCUCCGUUCCAUUUCCAGCACUAAUCCAACCACCUUACCUGCCGACCUUUCCGCCGACUGGCCCGAGCUCGCUCCUGAUUUCCACAUCCCUCCUGCCCUCUCGUUUGUGCAGAAUAACCAGCACAGCAGUCCUCUCCGCAUCAGCGCCAAUGUGAAUAUGUGGCUACAUUACGACGUGAUGGCCAACGUUCUCUUCCAGAUUCGGGGUACCAGAAAACUUAUCCUGUUCCCGCCGGCGGAUCUGAAGCAUUUGAAUUUCCCACCCGGCUCGACGACGUCGAGCAUCGACAUCUUCGAAGCGUUUCCUCAACAGCCAAGCUCAGGGGAAGAUACAGUGAGAUUCGUGCCAAAUACGAAGCCUCACAUUGCUAUUCUAAGGCCCGGUGAGGCGUUGUACAUUCCACCAUUGUGGGCGCACACGGGGACGCCGUUACCUGCUCCGACAAAGCCGGAAUCGGUAUCAGUGUCAACAUCAGUUUCAGCUUCAACAUCCGCUUCCGCAUCUACAACUGCACCCCUAUCCCAGCCAAAACUCGUUUCUCCUUCUUCAACGAAAGCCAUCUCCACCGAAGACAGCAAACCAAGGGAACUUCAAACCCUCAACGAAGCAAACGACCCCACGAACACAAACAUAAACUCAACCUCCGACUCGCACUCAAACUCGCACUCGUCGGACUCAGACUCGAGAAUAAACAUCUCCAUCAACGUCUUCUUCCGCACGCUGCACCCGCACAAGUACGCCGCGGGCCGCGACGUGUACGGCAACCGUGAUCUGGCCGCGUACGAGGACGGGCGCAGGGACGUGGAAAGGAUUGUGCGCCGCUUCCUCAAGACCGACAAUGCCAACCCUGACGACGAUCACACGCUGAAAUCUCACGAGCGCAGGGGCAAGGCGAAGGGUAAAAAGGCCCAGGACCAGGAAGCACCUGGUAGCCACGCCGCCGACAACAGUGCAGAAGCAGAAGCAGAAGCAAAAUCCGGGAGUGGAGGACUUGGCCUUGAACUGGACACGGGCAUGAUCCCGAAGGACAUCGUCAGGGCAUAUUUGGUUCGGCUGGCCGAGGAAUUAAAGGAAAAGGCCGACAAGUUGUAA